AUGGGGCUGGGUCGGCACUGUGAACCCUGGUUGCAAAAUCUCUCAUCCAACGGCUCGGACGUUGGGUUGGACAAUGCUAGCUUGUUGUGCAAUGGGUCAGCCCAGCCUCUGAUGAGGAACGAGCUUGUGGCUAAGUUGGAGGUGGCCGUGCUGACCAUCAUCCUGAUCCUGGCGCUGACCGGCAACAUCGGGGUCCUGCUGGCCAUCCACUCCAACCGGCACAAGUCCUCCAGGAUGUACUACUUCGUCAAGCACCUGAGCAUCGCCGACCUGGUCGUGGCUGUCUUCCAGGUCCUCCCGCAGCUCAUCUGGGAAAUCACCUUCAGGUUCUACGCGCCGGAUUUCCUCUGCAGGGCGGUCAAGUACCUGCAGGUGGUCGGCAUGUUUGCCUCCACCUACCUGCUCAUCGUCAUGUCCAUCGACCGCUGCAUGACUAUCUGCCAGCCCCUCAAGUCCCUCCACCAGCGUUCCAACCGAGCCUAUGUAUUCUUCUCCUGGAUGAUCAGCCUCCUGUUCAGCAUGCCCCAGGUCUUCAUCUUCUCCCUCAAGCAAGUGGGCCCCGGGGCUUACGACUGCUGGGGGGACUUUGUCCGGCCUUGGGGGGCGAGGGCAUAUGUCACCUGGAUCACCCUGUCGGUCUACGUGGUCCCGGUCGUCAUCCUGAUCGUCUGCUACUCGCUGAUCAGCUUCAAGAUCUGGCAGAACGUGAAACUCAAGACCCAGAGGGAGGCGGCCCCCUCCAGGCUGGCGGUCAUGCUGGCCAGGGUCAGCAGCGUCAAGAUCAUCUCCCGGGCCAAAAUCAGGACCGUCAAAAUGACCUUUGUGAUCGUCCUGGCUUACAUCGUGUGCUGGACGCCGUUUUUCAUCGUGCAGAUGUGGAAGGUAUGGGAUGACCAGGCUCCCGAGGAAAAUUGGCCUUUUGUCAUCGCCAUGCUGCUGGCGAGCCUCAACAGCUGCUGCAACCCAUGGAUCUACAUGUUCUUUACUGGCCGGCUGUUCCACGACCUGGUGCAGCGUUUCCUCUGCUGCUCCCCAAGGCGUGCCAAAACCGAGCAGCCCAUCAGCGAGCUGACCUGCAGCAGGAAGAGCAACUCCUCCACCCUCGCCAUCAGCCUCAAGAGCUUGGGCAGUCAGAAGAGCCUUUCGCUUCAUCAGCAGCAAGAGGAAUAAAGCAAGCCACAGCCGACUCCGUGUUGUGAGGACCAUUCAGCUGAGAUCCUUCCGCAUGUUUCUUUUUGCCCUUAUCCAUUAUGUAAAAUGCUGUGCCGAUUGUAAGUGAUGAAUUAUUAUUCCUCUCAAGUGACCUUCAGUGCACUGAUGAAGCUUGACCUUAU